AUGUGCCUAGUUUAAAAACAAACAUCAUCGCUGAAUCGAGAGAAACAAGUUAUGAGUUUUGUGGCCUCAAAUGCGCGGAAAACCGUUUCUGUGUUGCAGUGAACUAUAAGAAGAAGGCUGGGUGGAAUGAAUCGAACUGCCAAUUGACGAAUUCGACUGCACGAAAAUUUGACAAUAUCUCCAGCGAAAAAGAACGAGUUUGGACGUUCAUAAAAGUUAAUGUGGACCGAAGUCAGGUGGUAAGCAAGUAUUAUAUACUUUUCGCAAAAUGUGUGGACAAAGAGUAUAGAUCCGGCCCCUGUUGAUGUCAGAAUCGAUGUCACACUGUUAUAAAAUAUUUUAAUUCCAGAGUUUCUCAAAAAUAUUGUUUUCGGAAAAGACAAAUCCAAAGAUACAGUAAAGGAAUUAAAGUCUCUGCAGUAUAUAGAUCCAAUUAUUUAGUAACCCUUCAUUUUGCUAUGAAGUAAAAUCCUUGGUUAUUGUUAGCAGAUCUAUAUGUAUCCGUUUUUCUCUGUUGGGCAUGAGGUUCUGAACGUUGUGUGUUCGUUUCUUUCAUAAUUUACAUAAAACUGUUGUUUUCUACUAUUUUUAAGCUUUUAAUUAUAUGCGCGCUGGUUGACAAAAAUGCAGAUAUAAAAUAAUAGUACAAUAGGGACAUUUGGUGGUUUGACAUACAACUAAGGGGGAAUUAGUAUAUUUAAAUGUUGGUUUAAAUAUGAAUCCACUAUUGUACAUAAAACAAAACUUGUCUGGUAUUUAAACUUUGUCGGUCUCUAAAAUGGAUACCAGUAUUUGUGCAUGUGAUCACGCAAUGAAUUUUUUGCAGGCAUCCUGCAGAGGAGAAGUAAAUGAAUGUCAAAAUGGUGGAACAAUGAUCUGGCAUUCAGUUAAAACGUUCGGCUGUCUAUGUGGGAAAGGGUACGAAGGAGAAAUUUGUGAAAAAGGUAGAAAAAUUAAUACGAGUAUAGUCAUGCAUAUAUAUAUAUAUAUAUAUAUCCGAUAUGAAGGCAUACAUAUACUAAUUGAUAAAACGAGAAACACUCCGCUAUUCCACAUAAUAUUAUAAACCAACAGUAAGACAAAUUAAAUCUGAGUAUAUACAUAGCCACUCGGUAAUAAGAACAGCAAUUCAAUAUAUUAUCUAGGUAUAUAUAUAUACUGUCUUUCAAUUCUACCGGACAACUUCUAAUUUGAUUGACGAUUUUAUAUGAACUAUGCACAUAAACUAUUAACUUAAUGCUUUUUGUUCUUCAAAGUAAAGUAACCUCAUACGUGUUUGUUUCUGAUACGCCUUUGUUCCAUGAAUCUAUAGUGACUCUCUCGUUCAUGAUCAGUUAUUCUUGUUUUUUCCGCUUUGUUCUUUAUCCUGUCAAAUCUACUGGGCAUCUUUAGUCAGCAUAUAUAUGGUCAUUGUUAAGAUACCCUAUGGUUUUAUUGGUUGAAUCCGUCUCACAUGUAUUAUUAUCAGGUGGUUUGUAUAUAACAAGUUUAUUAUUGCUUUUAUACUGUAUCUUACCAGAUAUUGAUGAAUGUUCCAAUAAAUUGGCUAACGAAUGUGAUAUUAACGCCAACUGCACCAACACUGCAGGUUCAUACAACUGUCAGUGCCACAUUGGUUGGUCUGGAAAAGGAAAAAAUUGUUCAGGUACAAUAAUUUUUGUGGCCGUUGCAAUUGAAGAAGUUCUGCACACCUUUUUCCAAUAAUUUAAUUCCAUACAUGUCGUGAGUAUCAUGUGAUAAAAAGUAUCCGUAACCCAUGCAUGGAUACAAUGCUCGUCUUUUUAUUGAGAGACAUUUCAAUGAAGUUAAUGCGCGAACUACUGGUUUGCAAGAAUUCAGUAGAGCUACUCCACCCUUUCACGGUUGGUUCCAAGGCAUUUGGUACAAAAGAAAUUCAUUCACCUCCCAAACGGCAGAUCGAGCAGUAAUAUAUACUGUACAUCGAAGCCGCAUUCUUAAAUUAAUUUUUAGAUCGUUUGUCUGCGUUACUUACAAAUUUUUGACUACUUCUUUCCAAUAUAUCAUUAACUAUAUGGAGAACAGGGAAGAGCCGUCCUUUGGGACAGCAAUUAACGAGGCGAAAGUGCUUUUACAGGUAAUUAGUUUAGCUCGAAAAUGCGACAUUAUCACCCAUUGUACAUGCAAUGAGUCUGUCAUUUCGUAGGUGAUAACCUUAAUUUUGCUCCCAUAAUAAUACUGAAUACCUGAUGAAGUAUAUCAAGAGGAGAUUUUUUGUAUGUUACGUAACACGCGCUCAAAACUAAUGCGUAUAAUAUAUCACUUGAGGUUAUAACUAAAUUCAAAAUUUCUAUUUUUCGAUACGUUUCUCAAUUGGCAAACAAACUUAAAAAGUAUGUUUAGUGCUUUAUUUGUAAAAUAAUGCUAAAAGUAAAAUGAAGAGAUUUUAGAUGAUACGCCAAAGAGAAUAUGAUGUCUGAAGUUCAGUAAGUUUUGCUUAUAUUGGCUGUAAAUAUGGCUUCAAUUUUAAAGCAUCAUUGAUAAUUAUAUUUUAGUUGACAAUUUUUGACUAUUAUUUAUGUUUCUCAACCGGCAGAUGCAUUUAAAAAGUUGCUAAUUGUAUAAACUGGAGAGUAAAGCUAAAACAAAGUAAUUUUGAGAGGGACGCCAAAAAGAUUUUAGGUUUUGAACACUUUUCAUUGCAAAUACGUGACAUUGAAAAAAAUUGCCUCUCAAUACAGUCCUUGGACUGGAUCAAAAUUAAUUCACCUCAAUUUAAAUUAAAUUACGUAGAGAUUUAUUCUUAUGAGAUGUCAAUUGUAAAUCUUUCAAUUUUGACUGUGUAAGAAUAGAUUUCAAGUUCUCCUAUAUAUCUUGAUAUAUCUCCUAUAUAUCCUCGGCUUUAGCUUCGAAUUUGAUCAAAUUGCGCAAACUUGAAAUCUAGUCCAGUCCUCACAUAUAUAUAGUUGGAUUUGAAAUAUUACUUCAACCUUGCUUGGAACGAUAGUAUGGCUUGCUGGGCAUGAAACUAUUAGUAUUCAUUAUAGUAUAUCAAUUUCCCAAACCAAGCACAAAAGGGCAAGUGCGUUCAGCUUCAUGAAAAUUAUCGGGGAGGUGGGCGGAAUGAAAACCCUCCUAGAUCCAUAGAUAUCUUAUAUACACUAGAUAGUGUAUCUAAUUAUUCUGAAAUUCAAGAAUUGAAGCCGUGAUUGCAGUCUCAGGUCGUUCCCAUAAAAUGAGAAGAUUCGUAUGUUUUCUAUUUCUUAAACAGGGAACUUAAACAUUAAGUUAACCCUAUUCCAAAUACGUUUUUAAACUAUUGAAAUCAUGAAAGUUAUUGUUGUUUUUAAGCGUUUAUUACCAAGUGGGAACGACCAACAUGGCCGCCAUCUAUUCAAAUGGGGGUAACCGCUGGAAUAUUCUUGGCUUCAAUUUAACUAAAAGAGAUGCGCUAUCUAGUGUAUAUAAGAUAUCUAUGCCCAGAUCCCGCCUCUUCCGCGGUGAUAUUCAGCAUCUCUUUACGCCAUUAGAUAUGCAUGUUUUCAUUCCGAUGUAGAUUUUUAACAAAGUCCCACUGUCAAUUUAAUUAAAUUGGCUGCGCCUAGCUAGGAUACUCAUAAAACGUCAGAGCAUGAUAGUGUAAGAAGAUCGUGUAAUAUUAAAAUGACAGUAAGUUUUUUAAUACUGUAUCUCGGUAAAAGGGCCGCAAACCCAAAUUAUGAUUUUUGUAGGUGCAAUAUACUAGGGAGAUUCAAAACGGGAAUGUAUUAUAUCUUCAGAGUAACAAAACCACAUCUUGACCAACUUCUUCAAGUAUCAAAACGGGCAGAUGCGAUUCAUUAGGGAUCAGUCAAUAAUUAAAGGGAAGGGUGGGCUGGUGGAAAAAGAGGAGUGGUCAGAUAUUUUUGUGCAUGGAAAAAGGGGGGGGGGGAACAUUUUUGUGCAAUACAAAUACCUGACCCGCGUGAUUCCAUUGUGUCAUUAAACGUACAGAUAAAAAAAGGGAGCAGUAGAACUGUACUAACUCCAACACAACACCAUUUAUUAAACUGAUUUCAACAUAAACAUGUACAUUGGAACAGCCGUUGACUCUAAAAAUAUAUAAAUUAAGAAAACAUGUAUAAAUGCAUGAUUAAAUGUUGCUUCACUUUAUCGAACUGGAAAUUGCGUAUGUGCCUUGGCGGGGGUUGUCAAAUAUAGUUGUAUUGUCCUCAACGGGGGGCCAACAAAAUGUUAAAAUCUGAUUUUUCAUUUCCACCGCCCCCCUGUCAUUAAUGACCGGUCCCUUAAAUGAACUUAUGAAUCAGUUCUCCAUUGUUUUUAUUUUCUAAAAUUCACCAGAUAAUAUCGAUUUGAUCUCGACCUGCCAGGCUUACAGUUCUUCCCUAAAUUUUCACUGUCAGAACUGCCGGAUUCGAGGUCGUUAGAUGUAUUGGAAAUUAAAUUCCAGCGAUUAUAGAUAUCUAAACAUUAUAGCGUUGCUUCUACGUAUUCUGCUAUAUCAGUACUUUUAUUUAACACACAUAUAAUUCAAGCUAUAGAUAGUAAUAUUUUGAUAAUUUCAGACAUUGAUGAAUGCUGCGAAGGCAACUUCACUUGUCAUCCAAAUGCAACUUGCAUCAAUACCCAGGGCUCAUACAACUGUCAAUGUAAAAACGGACUCGUGGGGGAUGGAAAAGAGAACUGCACAGGUAUAAAUAUUCUCUAAGUUUGAGUCAAUCAUUCAAUCACUAAACGUUUCUAGGAUGAUUAGAAAUCGUAUGUUAAAUUAAUCUCAAUGUCUUCAAAUGUUGAUGAAAGUAAGCAAUAAAAAGUUUAUACGACGUUCCAUUCUGCCAUUAUAUUAUUUUUGGAGUAACUAAAAAUGCAAAAAAAAUAUAGGUAGGAUUCAACUAUCUGAAAAUUUUAAGGAGAAUACGGACGUAUUAGAGGCCCUGGAUACAAAUAAUACAUAAUACAAAGGCCCUUUGCCUGGAGUUACUAGCGGGGGUCGGGGAAAUUACAUGAGCUUUUAUACUAAAAAUAUAAAGGCGAUCAUGUAACAAAAAUAUGAUAUGGAUUUAGUCAAAACAAAAUAUAGACAAAAAUAUAAUCACAUUCCAGAAUAUAUUAAUACAAACAUACAGACAAUUAUUUACAAUAAAUACGACAAAAUAUAUAAAACAAGUACGGAAUAAGGUAAGAGAAUUAACAGUAUUAUCAAUGCCUGCUUUUGACAGGCAAAGACAGAUAUAGUUAAACAUAGGGAAAAAAUAAUUAAUGAUAUAGUGGUCGACAGUGCCAAGUGAUGCCAAUACGACAUUAAUGAACAUAUCAGGAUUUUGCGCAUCUCACUCGAUAGAAUUAAUAUUCUAACAGAGCUCGAGAAAUAUGCAUAUUAUCAUUUUGAUAAAGUUCUUUUAAAUAAGACAAUAAAAAAAUCUUUUCAUGCAUACCUUAACAAUUUAAUUACUUAAUUAAUUUGAGUAGUUUGACUUGAAAUCAAUUAAAACUAAGUUUUUAUUUUUCAAUGUUGAUUAGAUUCGUUUCUUAAAUCAGUCAUAUUAUCCGGAGAAUUGAACGACCAUCGUUUAUUAAGAUCAUGGAUUGGGCAAACCGUCACUGCGAAAUUGUGUUGGCGUGCAACUAGAGAUGGAUGGGCAACCAGUACCUUCCAUAGCAAAUGUGACUACAAGAAACCGACAGUUACCAUCAUUAAAGUUGGUGAAUUUACAUUUGGUGGAUUUGCUACCGCUUCUUGGGAAGGUGAGAUGUAG